AUGGCUUUGGCCGAAUCGCUGGCAGGCCUGGCCGCGGGCUUGCAGGGCCCACGGGUCGUCCCGAGCCCAGACACGGACUCGGACACAGACUCGGAGGAGCCGAGCCUCCGGCGCAGCGCGGGCGGGGUGUUCCGCUCGCAGGUCAUCCACAGCGGUCACUUCAUGGUGUCGUCGCCGCACAGCGACUCGCUGACCCGGCGACGUGACCAGAGGGGGCCUGUGGGGCUCGCCGACUUCGGGCCACGCAGCAUCGAUCCCACACUCACCCGCCUCUUCGAGUGCAUGAGCCUGGCCUACAGUGGCAAGCUGGUCUCUCCCAAGUGGAAGAAUUUCAAAGGCCUCAAGCUGCUCUGCCGAGACAAGAUCCGCCUGAACAAUGCCAUCUGGAGGGCCUGGUACAUCCAGUAUGUGGAGCGGAGGAAGAGCCCUGUGUGUGGCUUCGUGACACCCCUGCAGGGGCCUGAAGCAGAUGAACACCGGAAACCGCAGGCCGUCGUCCUGGAGGGGAAUUACUGGAAGCGGCGCAUCGAGGUGGUGAUGCGCGAGUACCACAAGUGGCGCAUCUAUUACAAGAAGCGGCUCCGUAAGUCCAGCAGGGAAGGUGAUCUUCUGACCCCUGAGCAGGCGGCGGGGGGUUGGCAUCCACCAGAGCGAUGGCGCAAGCAGCUCUUCUCCAGUGUGGUGCCCAUGCUGCUGGCGGGCCCAGAGGAGGAGCCCAGCGGGCGGCAGCUCCUGGACCUCGACUGUUUCUUGUCCGACAUCUCCGACACACUCUUCACCAUGACUCAGCCCAGUCCCGCACCCCUGCAGCUGCCCCCAGAGGAUGCGUACGUCGGCAAUGCUGACAUGAUCCAGCCAGACCUGACACCACUGCAGCCCAGUCUGGAUGACUUCAUGGAAAUCUCAGAUUUCUUCACCAACUACUGCCCUCCACAGACGCCCACGCCUUCAAACUUCCCAGAGCCCCCCAGCUUCAGCCCCAUGACUGACCCCCUCUUCAGCAGUGGGAUCCUGAGCCCGGAGGUGCCCCCCACCCUCCUGUCGGGCAUGGCCCACCUUUCAGGCAACCGCCUGCAGGCUCGGAACAGCUGCCCUGGUCCCUUGGACUCCAGUGCCUACCUGAACUCUGAUUUCCUCCUUCCUGAAGACCCCAAGUCCAAGCUCCCACCACCUCCCACACCCCCACCCCUCCUCCACUACCCUACCCCAGCCAAGGUGCCAGGCCUGGAGCCCUGCCCCCCACCCACUUUCCCUCCCAUGGCUCCAUCCCAUGCUUUGCUGCAGGAAGAGCCCCUCUUCUCUCCCCGGUUCCCAUUCCCUACUGCCCCUCCUGCCACAGGAGUGUCCCCCCUGCCCACUCCCACAGCCUUCCCACCCAGCCCACAGCCCAGCUCAGGCUCUGCCCCAUCCCCCUUCCCUAUAGACCUUUUGCCCUUGGGGUACCCAGAGCCCCCCUUUGGGCCUCGCUGUGCAGUGCCCCGGGGCAUGCGGCCCAGAGGCAAGCCCCCCAGCCCAUGCCCUAGGGGGCGGAAGCCCAGCCCCACCACCUUGGCCCCUGCCACUGCCAGCCCCACUGCCACUGCUGGAGGCACCAACCCCUGCCUCACACAGCUGCUAACCGCAGCCAAGCCUGAGCAAGCUCUGGAACCACCACUUGUGUCCAGUGCCCUCCUCCGGCCCCCAGGGUCCCUGCAGGAGAUGGUCCCUGAACUCCCCUGCACCUUCUUUCCCCCGAACCCGGCCCCCACACCACCCCGGCCUCCUCCAGGCCCGACCACACUGGCCCUUCCCGGGCCCCUGAUUGUUCCCAAAGUGGAGCGGCUCUCACCCCCAGCACCCAGCGGCAGUGAGCAGCGGCUCUCUGGGGAGCUCAGCUCCAUACUAGGCCCGGGGGCUCUGAGCAUCUGCGUCUCCCCCCCUCAACCCAUCCUAAGCCGGGGGCGCCCAGACAACAACAAGGCCGAGAGCCGGCGCAUCACGCACAUCUCUGCAGAGCAGAAGCGGCGCUUCAACAUCAAGCUGGGGUUCGACACCCUGCACGGGCUGGUGAGCACGCUCAGUGCCCAGCCCAGCCUCAAGGUGAGUAAAGCAACCACGCUGCAGAAGACGGCCGAGUACAUCGUCACGCUGCAGCAGGAGCGGGCGGCCAUGCGGGAGGAGGCGCAGCGGCUGCGCGACCAGAUCAAGGAGCUCAACGCCGCCAUUAACCUCUGCCAGCAGCAGCUGCCAGCAACCGGGGUGCCCAUCACACACCAGCGCUUUGAUCAGAUGCGCAGCAUGUUUGAUGACUAUGUCCGGACCCGAACGCUGCACAACUGGAAGUUCUGGGUGUUCAGCAUCCUCAUCCGGCCUCUGUUCGAGUCCUUCAACGGGAUGGUGUCCACGGCAAGCCUGCAGAGCCUCCGCCAGACCUCGCUGGCCUGGCUGGACCAGUACUGCUCCUUGCCCGCGCUCCGGCCAACUGUCCUGAACUCCUUACGCCAGCUGAGCACAUCUACCUGUAUCCUUACAGACCCAGACCGCGUACCUGAGCAAGCCACACGGGCAGUCACAGAGGGCACCCUUGGCAAACCUUUAUAGUGCUGGCCAGGCCCUUUGCUCACUCAGCUGUUCUGGGGCAGCCAUCCCUCAGCAUGGGCUCCAGGGACAACUUCUGGGCACUCCCCUCCUGCCCAAGCCCUGGCUGUCCCCUCCCUGAGGUUGAGCAGGGCCCAGCAUGCAGUCUCAUCCCACCUCCUAGAAGCAUGGUACAGGGGGAGCUGAGUUCCGCUCUCUGCUCACCACUAACACUGUGACCUCGGGCCACUCAUACUCCCUCCCCGGCCUCCAUUUUCCAGGCUGCAGAAUGGGAACGGGGAGGGUUCAACCAGAAGAUGAUCCACAGGCCUUUCCAGCUGGGACACUUGGGGCCUAGGCUGGUAACUCAGGGAGCUUGGAGGGGAGAGGAUGAUGCUGUUUCCCGGUUACUCCCACUUGCUCCCCUACAGGUGGGGUAUGGGCCUCUACUCCUGAGCAGAGAAGCAGAAA